AAAAGUUUUUAUAGCUGGGCGAUAUCUUUGUAGUUUACCCAUUAAAUAAAUAAAAAUUAUCCAAAUAAAACCCUAGCCAAAGGGGAAAAAAUUAUAGAAGCGAUCUCAGGAAUUUCAUCAAUCAGAUAAAACAUAGCAGAAAAGAAAUGGAAGAAGAGCGAAGAGUGCACCCGGAUUGUAUAAAUGCAUCAAAUCCGUAUCAUGAAUGCGUUGAAUAUUGCUUCCGGAAGAUUGCUGAGGCCAAAGCUAGAAAGGAUAAAUCAGUGACAGAAACUCCGCAACCUGAGCAUGGCCAGCCUGUUACACCUGCUGCUUAUCAAGAACAAGAUGUGCAACCUGGCAUUCCGGAACCAGAAGAAAGCCCUGAUGAUGAUAGUGACCGCCCUGUUGAGGAGAACAUUGAAGGAGACAUUACAAAUCUUACAGGAAGACAGAAAAAACUAUUCGAGUUGAGACUAAAGAUGAAUGAAGCGAGAAAAGCCAAUCAAACAGCAAUGGUGGCUGAAAAGAAAAGGAUGGAAGCUCUGCCAGAAUCUAGAGGAAUUUCUAAGCAAAAAUGGCUGGAGGAAAGGAAGAAAAAGAUAGGAAAAUUACUAGAUGCUAAUGGUUUGGAUUUGCAAAAUGCGUAUAUGCUAGAUACCCAAGAAGCAGCUGAGGCAAAAUAUAAGAAAUGGGAAAAGGAUCCUGCUCCAUUUGGUUGGGAUGUCUUCAAUCAGAAGACGUUGUACAAUGCAUACAAGAAGCGGACAAAGAACAUUGAUAUUGACCUAGAAGAAUAUAACAGAAUGAAAGAAGCAGAUCCAGAGUUCUAUCGUGAAGCUUCAAGCCUCCAAUAUGGGAAGGCACCUAAAACUUCAGAAGAUAAGAUUGAGAAGAUGGUGAAGGAACUUAAAGACCGCGAAGAAAAGCGCAAGUCAUUUAGCCGGAGGAGGAAGUUUCAUGAAGAGAAGGAUAUUGAUUCAAUCAAUGAUCGUAAUGAGCAUUUCAACAAGAAGAUUGAAAGGGCUUUUGGAAAAUACACUCUGGAAAUAAAAAAUAAUCUUGAACGUGGAACUGCAUUGCCUGAUUAAGGUAUAUUGUUCAUUGCUAUGCUUUUGUCCAGUUCAGCAAGCAUCAAGUCAGGCUGGCUUGCCUUCAUAAAUCAAUGAAUAUGUAUGGAAUGUAUUUUCAGAGAUAUUCAACCUAACCUAAUGGUUUGACUGGACUAUAGUGAAUCCAAUGCUGUUAUACGUAUACCUCCCUGCAAGUGUAUCUGAUCUUCAUCUUUUGAGUACUACUUAACCUUUAUCUUUUA